AGAGUCCGGGUACUCGUGGGAGAGGGUAGGGGGCGGGCGUGGGACCGAGCGCGCCCUCGAGUCCCCGGUCCGGGCUGCCUGCUUCCGUUCAGCCCGCGUGGGCGCGCUCCGGGAGCCCGGAGAUGCCUUCGGGCCGAGGUCCUCGCGGGUGUUGUUCUGUACUUGCGGUGGCGCGGUCGUACAGAACAGUGUGAGCGUGAACACACGUGGUAAACAGUUCUGCAGAAGCAGCGUCUUGCUCUGAGGGCAGCUCGGGGCAGGCUGGACUUCCCAGACUUGUCCUGGUCGGGCGCCCCGGUCCGUCCUGCUAGCAGGCCUGUCAGGAGGGGGCUUCCUUCUGUGGAGGACCCUUCUCGAGACACCAGCGGAAAGGAGAACACGCUUUUAAAAUAGUUCUCAGGCAGAUAGAGUUUAGCAGAAGAAACGUGUCCAGAGUUAAGGAACACGAUAUUGAUUCUUUAAAAAUGACCCUUGCCUUAUUGCACUGGACGGUGGUCGCGUGUGUGUCCCGCGUUUGAAGAACACUGCUGUGAAUCACUGGUGCAGCGAGGACAUUAUGGACAUGGGCAAAUGACAGCCUCUCUUGAGUCCCAGCCUCCACUGCUUUAAAAUGGGCAUGCAAAAUGUAGGGGUCCAAAAUCCUGGCACAGUCUCUUGAGGACAAUUUAAGGAGGGUGUAAAGGCCCCCAUUUGAAGGGGAGCAUUCAGGGAAACAGCAGAGUUGGUGUUUUUAUCUGGAGCUGGUGACAGUGGAGUUGCUUCGGCUCCUGGACACCCGCAGGUUUGCCUUUUGUUAAGGAGUCAUGAUACCUUCGAGGCUUUUCUCAGCGAGACCCCAGGCGGUGUUGGAGGGUGUGGGGUGCUGGACGUUGGCAGCCCGCAUGGUCCCUGGGCCCAACCGCCUUCUUCUGCUGCGCACUUCUCCCAGGCUGCUCUCAGUCAGCUGUGCAGACUGCAACAAGCACCAGGAACCCCCCAGGAAGCAGCCACUCUCGGAGAAAAAACUGAAACGGCAUUUUGUGGAUCAUCGCCGAGUGCUUGUCCGAGGGGGACGCGGAGGCAAUGGGGUGAGCUGCUUUCACAGCGAACCCCGGAAGGAGUUUGGAGGCCCUGACGGCGGUGAUGGAGGCAACGGGGGCCAUGUCAUCCUGAGAGUUGACCAGCAUGUCAAGUCUCUGUCUUCUGUCCUCUCGCGGUACCAGGGGUUUGACGGCGAGGAUGGCGGCCGGAAGAACUGCUUUGGGCGGAAUGGCUCCAUCCUCUAUAUUCGGGUCCCCGUGGGCACUUUGGUGAAGGAGGGAAGUGAAGUCCUGGCUGACCUCUCGCGCCCAGGAGACGAGUUCAUCGCAGCGGUGGGCGGGUCAGGGGGAAAGGGUAACCGCUUCUUCCUGGCUAACGACAACCGUGCACCCACGACUUGCACUCCCGGACAGCCAGGCCAGGAGCGCAUCCUCUUCCUGGAGCUCAAGACAGUGGCACACGCUGGACUGGUUGGAUUCCCCAAUGCAGGGAAGUCCUCGCUUCUCCGGGCCAUUUCAAAUGCAAGGCCUGCUGUGGCCUCCUACCCAUUCACGACCCUGAAUCCCCACGUGGGGAUUGUUCACUACGAAGACCACCAGCAGAUAGCAGUGGCUGACAUCCCCGGCAUCAUCCGGGGUGCCCACCAAAACCGGGGCCUGGGCCUGGCGUUCCUCAGGCACAUUGAGCGCUGCCCCUUCCUCCUGUUCCUGGUAGACCUCUCGGUGCCAGAGCCUUGGACUCAGCUGGACGACCUGAGGUAUGAGCUGGAGCAAUACGACGAAGGCCUGUCCAAGAGACCCUACGCCGUCGUGGCAAACAAGAUCGACCUCCCGCAGGCCAGGGCCCGGCUGCCCCAGCUGCAGGCCCGCCUGGGCCAGGAGGCCAUUGCCCUGUCGGCGGCCACCGGGGAAAACCUGGAGGAGCUGCUGCUGCGUCUGAAGGAACUGCACGACCGCCACGUGGCCGCCGAGCUGGCGCGUGGCCGCCAGCCGCUGCGGUGGUAGCAGAGAAGGCAGCGCCUGGCAGGCCAGCUGUGACUGGAGAUGAGGAAGGAACCCCAAGGAACCAGGAGGCCUUGGUGCAGGGGCCUUCCUGCCAACCUGGGGCUCCCAGCCAACACACCCCCUGCCCCGGGACAGGACCCCUUGGGCAGCGGACACUCCUGCCCCCGCCAGUCUGUCCCCAGUGCUUCCAUGCCUGCCUGCGUGUGAGUGACACGCUGCAAUGGGCUCAUCUGUGUUAAUUGGCCCCUAAUUAUUAAUAGCAUGGGCUACAUGCUAGUUGACGUCACCAGAUGGGCACGUGGACAGGAGCCAGCGUCAGCAGCGCUGACUUGUAGGUGGUGGCAGCUGAGGCAGAGGUGGGCCUCUGAUGCCACAGCUGUUGACACCCUUUCACAGGAAUGCUCCGUCUGCUGCAUGAGGCAGGGGGUGGGGAAGCGUUUGCAGGUGCCCAGCUGUGAAGGAACAGGGACUCAGUGAGGGUGACGUCCGCCCUGUCAUCCCAGACGGUGCUGUGCUCUGUGGAAGCUGAGCUUCACGACUGAAUGCUCCCAAUAUCCGACCUGGGCCUCGCGGUGGGUUAUUAACUGCAGUCUGCAGGCAGGGUGUCAGCAGCCUGAGCCCCAGGGUGGUCAGGGACAGGUCUGUAUUUCUAGGUGUCACUGGGAGCUGUACCCACACCUCAGGGUCCCCCAACUGCAGAUGCCUUAAUGAAGACAAGCCCAUGCAUCGAGCGAGGUGGUCUUAAACUUCUGUUUCCCCCGCUAAAGUCUGAUUCCCCUGACGUGUCCCUGAGGGGUGAGGGGGGGCAGGGGAACAGGCCCUCUGGGAGUUGGCCUCAGGGUCUCAAGGCAUCUGAGCCUCUGGAUCACUCAGACCCGUGUUGUUUCUGCAUGAUGGGGGCUGGGCAGACCUCAAACAAUAAGCCAGCGCCUCAGCUUUCAGGAGCAAUUCCGUUUUGAUCUGACAUCAAAUCUGCAACAAGAACAAGAGUUCUUUACCCGAAGCUUUAUUUUAAUGUCUUGUAAUUUCAGAGGUCCUUGUGUUCUGGAAACCAGAGAUGGAUUUUGCAUCUAUUUGUUCUCUCAGGCCACCACAAAGAGUAAAGCCAGGUCUGAGUAGCGUUUAAUUAUCAACGGCCUUUCAUCUUGCUCACAGGGCCCCCGCCACGCUCACUCUUCAGAGGCGGAGAUGCUUAAGAUGCCCGUGUGGCUGACCCGCCAGGGGCCCCACUGCAGGGGCGGGGGUUCGUCCAGUUCUCACUGUGUCCCCCAGAGCCUCAGGACCUGACCCUCAGGGGCACCAAUACAUUUGUGGAAUGAGUAAGUGUGUGGUGGCAGACAUUCAGUGCAUUUGGGUUGCUUUUAAAGACAUUAAAAGACCCGGUGGACGCCAAGCCAGAGCCCCCGUCCCAGCUCCCCCAGACCUGCCUCUUCUGGCUGUUUUGCUGAGUGAUCUGCUCUGAAGUCUGAGCCGCUCUUAACUACCUUGAUCAGCCUGGAGCAUCACUUAUUGAUUUCUGGCCCCGAACGGGGACUUUUGCUUUCUCACGCUUACUCCCUGUUCCCUCCCUGGAUCUGCGUCGGGCCAUCGGGGCGUGGGCUGUGGGGCCCUGGGUUUUCCCACGGCUUUCUCCCUCCUCCGGGUGGUGUCUGUUCAGUGUCAUCCCUCCCCACUGGUUCCAUCUCCCCGGAGCUCAGCCACCAGCCUCCCCUGAGGUCUUCUCUCCACUUCCUCAGCCUUCUGUUCCCCCAUGGAUGACAGUGGUCUCAGCGCCUCCUGGGCCAGGGUGGCCACCACCUCCCUGUUCUCUUCUCCCUCGUUUUACUCUCAAUUCAUCUGCAAAGACCCUGUUUCCAAACUGGGUCAUAUUGUGAGUUUCCAACUGAUGUGAAUUUGGGGUCCUCUUCAGCCCCGUCAGCACCCUGUUUCAUACCCAGCUGACGCCCCCUCAUCACCCCAGGCAGCAGCCUAUGCGGCCCCAUCCUUGCAUGCACAGAUCCUUGCCCCACCCCUACUUGGCGACCCUCUCCUGUGCCUGGCCUGACUCCCCCUGGCCCCUGGGCCCCCUGCCCCACCACUCCAGCUCUUUCCUUGCAACAUCAGGGACCCUCCAGUAAGGAUCCUCUGGGAAACCAGGCUUCCGUGCUGCCAAUGCCCUUCCUCAGACACGCUAUGAGUGCCCCCCAGCUGGUGGCCCCCCAACCAUCUGAUCAAAGUCAGCCUCACCCUACACGGCCAUGCCCUGGGCCGUGCUGGCCUGUCUCAGGCAUGUGGCCCCUGGUAUAUUAAUCAGCCGCCACAUGGCUCUUUGAGACACAGUUCACUGGUUUGCGAUGCAUCCCAGGGCCAGGACACCAGAAGCAGGAGGACAGACUUGCUGGGCCCAUAGUAGUUUGGGUAAAACAUACAUGUGUGUGGGGAUACACACCAGUGUGUUUGCAGAUGGUGGGGGGUGGGGGGACAUUCAAAGGUCAUGGAGAGGCGGGCACCACCCCCUGAGGGUUCUGUCCAGAUGGGUCAGUGGUGGUCAGGCUUGGGGGUAGAGAUGGCUGUGGCUCUGAAAGCACGUGAGGUGCCUGGUCAUGUCAUCACGUGACGAAGUCGCACAGAACUUGAGGUUUGAUGGGUGGACUCAGAGUCUGGGAAGGCGAGAAAGUUCUGGAGGUGGAUGUUGGGGAUGGUUGCACGACUCUUGAGAGUGCCUAAGGCCACUGAGCUGUGCACUUAAAAUGGUUAAAAGGGUAAGUUUUACAUAUAUUUGACCACAGUAAACACACACAGAACGAAGCACACGCACUUGUGUGCACACAUGCAGUUACAUGCACGCAUGUGCAGGUGAGCAAGCGCUAAGCA